AUGGAUUCUUUUGAAGAAGCAUCAAUUGACAUAAUAAUGGAGAUAUUUGAGGCAAUUGAAGAUAAUUAUGGAGGAGUUAUUCUGAACAUGAAGAAAGAGGAGCCUAUGGAUUUUCUUAAAUUUCAUACUAUGCUCAAGGCUUCCAUUUCUUAUUGGAGGCUAAAGGGAAAGAAGGGUGUUUGGAUUAAGUUACCUAUAGAACUUGCUCAUCUUGUUAAUGCAGCAGUAAAGGAAGGAUUUUGGUAUCAUCAUGCUGAGGCAACAUAUUUGAUGCUUGUUUAUUGGAUUCCUCAUGAAAUUCCUCAUACUUUUCCUGCUUAUGCUUCUCAUCGUAUUGGUAUUGGUGCUUUCGUCCUCAACCAAGACGGACAGGUACUGGUAGUUAAAGAGAAAUCUGGAGAUAUGACAGGGACUUGGAAGCUUCCUACUGGUGUUGUUGAUGAGGGGGAGGAUAUAUGUAUGGCAGCCGUUAGAGAAGUGCAAGAAGAGACAGGCAUUGAGACAGAAUUUGUUGAACUCCUUGCCUUUAGACAAAGUCACAAAUCAUUCUUUGGAAAAUCUGAUUUGUUCUUCAUAUGCAUGCUGAAACCACUUAAUUUCACUAUCAACAAGCAAGAUGCUGAGAUUGAGGAAGCUAAGUGGAUGCCAAUGGAAGAAUAUGCAAGUCAAUCAAAGGUGAACCAAAGUGAACUCACUAAAAUGAUAGCCAAUAUAUGUGUUGCCAAGAAAGAGGAACAGUACAAUGGCUUCUCUGCUCUUCUUACUACUGGACAUUCUGCCAAGGAGUGCUAUUUAUACUCUAAUAACAUAUAGUAUAUGAUACUCAUAAUAAUUAAAAUUAUAUUUUAUGCAUAUGUUUGCAAUAAGAAUAAUGUUUGUAAUAAGAUUUUUCCAUUUGGAAGAAUUAAAUUGUAGACUAAGAUUCUAGUUUGAAUAUCAUAUAUAAUGUUUUGGCAAUAUAUAAGCCAUAUUGAUAAUUGGUACUUGGAUAUGUUUGAAGUAAUUGAUGUA